AUGGGACAAGACAAGACUGAGAAACCAGGGGCCUCGCUGAAGGCUGGAGGUUUGAAGCCGCUGUGCUGUCAGCUGUACCCCACGGGCUGCUGCCGUGGCACUGGGCUGACAGACGCAGAGAGGGAGAGGCGGCGGUGCGAAGAAGAGCCGAUCGAAGCGCACUAUAGAGCUGAAGAGAAUGUCACUAAAGCUGCAGUGGAUUCUUCUUGGCCGGUCUCCAGGAGCCCGAGUGUCGGUGUGGUGGACUUUCCUGGCAGAAUGCGUUGGACUGCGGCUGAGAGCGCGUUCGGUGUCACCCACAGCGACUCGAGCCAAGAAAAUGACACUUCAGCCAAACUCAUGUCCUCUAGCUGCUCUUUAAGGUCAGACACGGCUACACCAACACACGCUGCAACCUAA